GGAGUGCAGUGGCAUAAUUAUGGCUCACCCCAGUCUUGGACCUCCUGGGCUCAGGAAAUCCUUCUGCCUCAGACUCCUGAGUAGCUGGGAAUACAGACACUAUGCCACAAGAAGCGUGAUCUCUUCUCCUGUUUUCAUGAUGGAAGACUCGGGGAAGACUUUCAGCUCUGAGGAGGAAGAAGCCAACUAUUGGAAAGAUCUGGCAAUGACCUACAAACAGAGGGCAGAGAAUACACAAGAAGAACUGAGAGAAUUCCAGGAGGGAAGCCGAGAAUAUGAAGCUGAAUUGGAGACGCAGUUGCAACAAAUCGAAACCAGGAACAGAGACCUCCUGUCAGAGAACAACCGCCUUCGCAUGGAGCUAGAAACCAUCAAGGAGAAGUUCGAAAUGCAACAUUCUGAAGGAUACCGGCAGAUCUCAGCCUUGGAGGAUGACCUCGCACAGACCAAAGCAAUCAAAGACCAACUGCAGAAAUACAUCAGAGAGCUGGAGCAAGCAAACGAUGACUUGGAGAGAGCAAAACGAGCCACAAUCAUGUCUCUGGAAGACUUUGAGCAGCGCUUGAAUCAAGCCAUCGAGAGAAAUGCCUUCCUGGAAAGUGAGCUUGACGAGAAGGAGAAUCUCCUGGAAUCUGUCCAGAGGCUGAAGGAUGAAGCCCGAGAUUUGCGGCAGGAACUGGCUGUGCAGCAGAAGCAAGAGAAACCCAGGACCCCCAUGGCCAGCUCGGUGGAGGCCGAGAGGACAGACACAGCUGUGCAGGCCACCAGCUCUGUGCCAUCCACUCCCAUAGCUCACCGAGGACCCAGCUCCAGUUUCAACACACCAGGGAUCUUUAGGCGUGGCCUGGACGACUCCACUGGGGGGACCCCGCUCACGCCAGCUGCCCGGAUAUCAGCCCUCAACAUUGUAGGAGACCUGCUGCGGAAAGUCGGGGCCCUGGAAUCCAAACUCGCAUCCUGCCGGAACUUCGUGUACGAUCAGUCCCCAAACCGAACAAGCGGCCCAGCCUCAGGGCGGGCGAGCAAGAGCAGGGAUGUUGGCGACAGGCGGCCGGGCAGCGGCAGCAGCAGCAGCAUGCCUCUGGGUGAUAAGGGGUUGGACACCAGUUGCCGCUGGUUGUCCAAGUCAACAACCAGGUCAUCCAGCUCCUGUUGAAGCCUGUUCUUGGUCUUUUCCAGUUUAUCGUAGGCAGCUGCCUUCUCCUCGUACUGCUGGGUGAGGGCUUCGAUCUCCUUCUGGAACCUCUUCUUCCCCUCCUCCAUGGCUUCCACGGUGCUGGCAAAGUCCUGUAGCUUCUUCUUGGAGUCGGAGAGCUGAAAGGACCAUGUCCAGGUGGGGUGAGAGAAGGG